AAACUGGGAUCUGUGUAUUUCCUGGAGCUGUUCUGCCUGUUGCUCCUCCAGACCGACAGGUGGCGCUCCAACAUUUACCGUGUUCCGGUAAAACCGUUAAACCGGUGUGAUGCUGAAGUCCAUUCUGCCGGUUGUGUUCAGGUGUGUUUCCCUCCGGUAGGACUCGUGUUUAACCUCCGUGAUUCGGGUUCAGGUAGAUGACCUGAUGAAGCUCUGAGCUGAAACCACCAUCAGAUCCCUCCAGCUGAUCAUCGUCCCUCAGAGAGAGACUCGGUAGAUGACCCUCUCUCUGCCGCCAUGCUUCCCCGGGUGGGGAACUUCCUGGUGCGGAUCCGGUUCAGCUGGCAGCCGUUGUUCCAGGGCCGGGCGCUGCUGCUCACCAACACGCUGAGCGGAGGAGUGCUGCUGGGGCUGGGAGACGUCCUGCAGCAGAGCCGCGAGAUCCUAAAGAAACCAGACAAGGUCCGAGACUGGAGGAGGACAGGCUGCAUGUUCUCGGUGGGCUGCUCCAUGGGGCCCAUGCUGCAGUACUGGUACAUGUGGCUGGACAAACUGUUUGUAGGAAACGCUCUGAAAACAGUCGGCAAGAAGGUUCUGGUGGACCAGCUGGUGGCCUCGCCGUUUCUAGGGAUGUGGUACUUCUUAGGUAUGGGUGUCAUGGAGGGACGAGGUUUAUCAGAAGGAUGGAAGGAGUUCAGAGACAAGUUCUGGGAAUUUUAUAUGGUGGACUGCUGCGUUUGGCCUCCGGCUCAGAUGAUCAACUUCUAUUUCCUCUCACCUAAGUUCCGGGUGGUGUACAUCAACUUCGUCACCUUGGGCUGGGACACCUACCUGUCCUACCUGAAACACAGAAAGGAGGAGCCGCCAUCAGACAGCAGCAGCUCUGAGGAGGAACAUCUCCCUCCGUCCAAACGUCUGGAGGAGGAAACUCAGAGAUGAAGUUCAUCACCGGCUGAAUAACAUGUUGCUGUUUUUAUCUGGUAAAACUUAUUUUCUGCCUUUGCAGAAAGUUGUGAGACUGAUAUAAAAGAGGUAUUUUUCCUCUGACAAACUGUUCCCACUCAAGUUUAAAAGAACAGUUUAGUUAAGAACUGUUUCUUUAAGAACCGUUUCUUUAAGAACUGUUUCUUUAAGAACUGUUUCUUUAAGAACGGUUUCUUUAAGAACGGUUUCUUUAAGAACUGUUUCUUUAAGAACCGUUUCUCUAAGAACUGUUUCUAUAAGAACUGUUUCUUUAAGAACUGUUUCUAUAAGAACUGUUUCUAUAAGAACUGUUUCUAUAAGAACUGUUUCUUUAAGAACUGUUUCUAUAAGAACUGUUUCUAUAAGAACUGUUUCUUUAAGAACUGUUUCUAUAAGAACUGUUUCUUUAAGAACUGUUUCUUUAAGAACUGUUUCUUUAAGAACCGUUUCUUUAAGAACCGUUUCUUUAAGAACCGUUUCUUUAAGAACUGUUUCUUUAAGAACUGUUUCUUUGAGAACUGUUUCUUUAAGAACUGUUGUGGCUGUAAGUUGAAUGCUGUAGAGUUUCAUUGUGUCUGUGUCCAGUCUGUCUGUUUAUUAUGUGAAUGAUGUGACUUCUGUUGGACAUUCAGGGAUAAAAGCUGUUUCUCUGCCAGUCAUAUAUAUUAUAUAUUAUAUAAUAAUAUAAUAUAACUACUAUAACUGCUGCCUGAUCGUACGGUGAGUUCAGUUCCUGUGAUGUUAAUAAUAAUGUCUGGAGGUGAAGUGGAGGCGACACAUCAAACAGAAUCACUUCCUGUCCAUCACACUCCUGAGGUCAGAUCCAGAGUUCCUUCAUUAAAGGGAUCAAACAUAUAAAGAGACAUUGGCUAUCCUUUAUUCUAAUGAGGGCGAAGUGCUAGAUUCCUGUUUCUAACACGUUUUGAGGACAGAAAUCCAUCAGUGACCGUAUUAAUUUAUAUUUACACUGACCUGUUAUGAUUCCUGUCCUGCCCACUCCACUUUAAUCAGAUUGUUCUGUGAAACAGCAGAUCCCCAAAUCAGCCUCUAGUGAGAAACUCACAUUGUCACCCAAAGAUUUGAAUUAUCGAACAUCCAAUAGAGAUUAGUUCCUCCGUUUGACUGGUUUGUUAUGAAAGAAUCAUUAGUGAUGUAAAACAGAUAUUAUGUUUUUGUUUCUGUGACAUUGAACCGUAUAAACUUUGCCUUAAUAUCUAGACCUUUGCUCUGUUUUCAUGCCAAUAACUUCAUCUUCAGGUUGUCCUUCUGUGAUGUUGAUUUAAAUUAACUGCAUGAUUGUGAUAAUGUGCUUAAAGGAAAUCUAUAUUAUUAAAUAUAAACUCUAUUUUUAUCAUAUCAAACUGAAUCCUCAGCGAGACGUAAACCUGAUUAACAGACUGAAGAAGUGAAAUUCAUUUUUUUUUAUUAGGAAUGCUAAUAAGUGUGGUACGUAGGUAUACGGUCCUGUAUAUCUCCUUUAUAAUAAAUUAUUUCCUUUAUAAGAUCAACAUGUGAAUUUGUGAAGCAGCUGAUUAUACGUGUUUGUGUUCAUGUAACAUAUUACCAUCAAUCUGAACUGUCUCCAGAUAAAAUGUACAAUUAGUGUAAUGUCUGUAAAGAACUUUAAAACUAA